GUCAAAAUGGCGAGCCUCAUCUAGGGGUCGAGUGUGAUAAACUGUCACAUUUUCAUAGUUUCAGGGGGGGGUAUUUUCGGCCUCGUGAGCUAUCCUGAUGGCCAUGUUAGCAAACAUAGCUCUGCGAGCUGUUCUGAAGUCCUCAGUUGGUGUUUUGCGAGAAAGCGUCGCUCUGUCAGUGAAGCCCUGGACAUGCAGCUCGUCUUUAUUAUGGGGACCGAGAGUCGGCUGUGGUGCAGACGGCUUUGCUGUUCCACCACCGGUGAGACAUUACGCUCGGGUUGCAAAGAAGAAGAAGACGGGCCCUGAGAGCCAGCUCAGCGAUCUUCCUUCAACUAUGCUGAAGAUGGAUUAUACAGCUGUGCCCCUCGCUCAAACGACCGAUGAUGUUGUCAGAAGACUUCUGUCUUUGGAGUUGGCGAGUCACAGUGAAAAGCUGCAGCUGAAAAAGGAACAGUUGGUUGCCAAAGUCCAGAGGGACGAGAACGACCGCAGCUCAGUGGAAGUCCGGGUGGCUAUUUUGACUGCAAGAAUCCGAAACUAUCAGGAGCACUUGCAAAAACACCACAAGGACAAAGCUAACAAGAGGCGGAUGCUCAUGGCUAUUGACCGAAGGAAAAAGCUUUUGAAAAACCUGAGGUUGGUUAACUAUGACGCCUUUGAGAAAGUGUGCGAGCAGCUGGGCAUCACCUACACUUUCCCUCCAGAGUACUACAGACGGGCCACACGCCGCUGGCUGGCCAAGAAGGCCUUCUGCAUUAAGGUCUUCAAGGAAGUGCAGAAGCAGAAAGCAGAGCAGAGGCUGAUGAAGCAACGUUUAGCCUCCGCAGGCACCGAGGCAGCCAAGAUAACAGCUGUUUAAACCCAAUAAAAGACAAUGUCCUGUACAUUACAACAAUGGAUUCGUCAUGCUUGUGUUAACAUCUUUACUUUAACACCUUCAGAUACGUGGCAUGUGGAUAAAUGGCUCCCUUUUUCGUGUGUUACCAACAUGCAAUGUUAUUUUCUUUUGCUUUCACAUUGAUGGUGGAAAUAAAACAUUCCAGAAAGUUGUA